CCCGAUUUUCAGACGCUCUAUUCGUUUAGCUGUUUAACAGCAGCUUUAUAAUCAAGCAAAACACUCUCUAUCAAAAAGUCUCUAUGAAUCGCCCAAGUUUUGUGCUUCUAACCACGCUUCUAUUAAUUCUGUUGGUCAAUUUGGAAGUUAAUGGAGGAUAUGUGGUGAUUAAUGGUGCUCAAUAUCAAGUCCACCCAACAACAACAACCGAAGCAAAUGCAGCAUUCAACCAGUCUCACAGAGCAAUCGUGACUGUGAAAAAUAAUUGCCCUUCAGACAGAACCUACAAUAGAAUUUUACGCGUUUGUUUAAAGUUGUUUUAGUGGGAACAUUCAAAUCAACCAUGUUUAGUCCAGGAUUUCUUCCAUUCGUUGCACUAAUCUUCGUUGUAGUGGUUAGUGUGCACGGUAGGCCUCAGCAGGAACUAUCUUCAGGCGCAGCCACCACUACAGAAGCCACCACUUGGGAUAAAAUCAAGAAAGGAGUCGAAGACGGCUGGAAGGUUGUCUACGACGAAAGUCAUUGUGUAGCGCACAAGGUAAAAGAGCUGGUAAAUCAUCACGACCAUGCUGAAGGUGGAGAUCCUUGCGAAAAUAAACCAUACAAGCAGAGUACUAGUACAACAGAGAAGACAUUUGUUCAUUAAUUAACUGAUUACUUCGUAAAACUAUUAAUGGCCGGAAAAUCCAACGCACAAAAUAAGGUGCGCUUAAAGGCAAAGAAACAACGCAAAACAAAUGUGGAAGUAAAAGAUUGUCCAAUUUCAGAUAAUAAAUCAAAUUUUAACUCCAAGUAAAUUUAAAAAAAUUGUGGAAUAACAAGGAAGAUGUUAGUCUUAAAGCGAAAAUUGCCAUCAAUAUGCGAGUAUUUAAAUCGUGUAUAGAAUCAUCAUCUAAAGAAUAUUCAAUACAAAGUAAAUACUUUUAUUAGUACUAAUUCUGUGUUAUUUUCUAUUUUUGUUUUAGUUUUAGUUGCCGAA